CGGGACAGAAUCGCAGUGAACGCGGAGCCGAAGCUCAGCCCCGACUUGUUGAUCUCGCCCAAGCAGCCGCUGCCUCCGCCACCACCGCCGGAGCCGGAGGAGGAGGAGGUGGAGCAGGAGUCGCCUCCCGAACGCGGUCCUGCCACCCGCGCCCGCAACGUCCGCCUGCGCCCCCAGCCUCGUAGAGCGCGUCCGGCUUCGCAGCGCCUGCAGCCCCGGCGUGGCGUUUGCCCGGCCGGCCGGCGUAGGCCGGGCCCGGCCGGGCCCCGGGUCCGCCGCUGCCCGCGGGCCGGGGUGCUCCGGCGGCCGGGGCGAUGCGCGGUCCCUGGCCCCGGGAGGCGGCCGCCCUGAGGCCGUCGGGAUGGAGGUGAGAAGACGGCCAUAACGCGCGCCCGCGUGGCCCCCUGCACCCCCAACAGCCCACAGCGCUCCCUGCCCCCCUCCCCCACGGCGGCCGGCCUUGCCGUCCAGUGACUGCGGCCUGGGGGGGCAGGGGGGGAGGGGGCGGCCGGACCAGAGAUGCCGGCGGGCAUGACGAAGCAUGGCUCCCGCUCCACCAGCUCGCUGCCGCCGGAGCCCAUGGAGAUCGUGCGCAGCAAGGCGUGCUCUAGGCGCGUCCGCCUCAACGUUGGGGGCCUGGCGCACGAGGUACUCUGGCGCACCCUGGACCGCCUGCCCCGCACGCGGCUGGGCAAGCUCCGUGACUGCAACACGCACGACUCGCUGCUCGAAGUGUGCGACGACUACAGCCUCGACGACAACGAGUACUUCUUCGACCGCCACCCGGGAGCCUUCACCUCCAUCCUCAACUUCUACCGCACCGGGCGGCUGCACAUGAUGGAGGAGAUGUGCGCGCUCAGCUUCAGCCAAGAGCUGGACUACUGGGGCAUCGACGAAAUCUACCUGGAGUCCUGCUGCCAGGCCCGCUACCACCAGAAAAAGGAGCAGAUGAACGAGGAGCUCAAGCGCGAGGCCGAGACCCUGCGCGAGCGGGAGGGCGAGGAGUUCGACAACACGUGCUGCGCGGAGAAGAGGAAAAAGCUCUGGGACCUCCUGGAGAAGCCCAAUUCCUCUGUGGCUGCCAAGAUCCUCGCCAUCAUUUCCAUCAUGUUCAUCGUCCUCUCCACCAUCGCCCUGUCACUCAACACGCUGCCCGAGCUCCAGAGCCUUGACGAGUUCGGCCAGACCACGGACAACCCCCAGCUGGCCCACGUGGAGGCCGUGUGCAUUGCGUGGUUCACCAUGGAGUACCUGCUGCGGUUCCUGUCCUCGCCCAAGAAAUGGAAGUUCUUCAAGGGCCCGCUCAAUGCCAUCGACUUGCUGGCCAUCCUGCCGUACUACGUCACCAUCUUCCUCACCGAGUCCAACAAGAGCGUGCUGCAGUUCCAGAACGUGCGCCGCGUGGUCCAGAUCUUCCGCAUCAUGCGCAUCCUCCGCAUCCUGAAGCUCGCACGCCACUCCACUGGCCUCCAGUCCCUGGGCUUCACCCUGCGGCGGAGCUACAACGAGUUGGGCUUGCUCAUCCUCUUCCUCGCCAUGGGCAUCAUGAUCUUCUCCAGCCUCGUCUUCUUUGCGGAGAAGGAUGAAGAGGACACCAAGUUCAAAAGCAUCCCAGCCUCUUUCUGGUGGGCUACUAUUACCAUGACCACUGUUGGGUAUGGAGACAUCUACCCCAAGACUCUCCUGGGGAAAAUCGUGGGGGGGCUCUGCUGCAUUGCGGGGGUCCUGGUGAUUGCUCUUCCCAUCCCCAUCAUUGUCAACAACUUCUCUGAGUUCUACAAGGAGCAGAAGAGGCAGGAGAAAGCAAUCAAGCGGAGAGAGGCUCUGGAGAGAGCCAAGAGGAAUGGCAGCAUUGUGUCCAUGAACAUGAAAGAUGCUUUUGCCCGGAGCAUCGAGAUGAUGGACAUCGUGGUGGAGAAAAAUGGAGAGAAUAUGGGUAAGAAGGAAAAAGUACAAGAUAACCACUUGUCUCCCAACAAAUGGAAAUGGACAAAGAGGACACUCUCCGAAACCAGCUCAAGUAAGUCCUUUGAAACCAAGGAGCAGGGGUCCCCUGAAAAGGCCAGGUCAUCCUCCAGUCCUCAGCAUCUGAACGUCCAGCAGUUGGAAGACAUGUACAAUAAGAUGGCCAAGGCCCAGAGCCAGCCCAUCCUCAAUACCAAGGAGCUGGCAACCCAGAGCAAACCAAAGGAAGAACUUGAGAUGGAGAGUAUCCCCAGCCCCGUGGCCCCUCUGCCCCCUCGCACGGAAGGGGUCAUAGACAUGAGAAGCAUGUCGAGCAUCGAUAGCUUCAUUAGCUGUGCCACAGACUUCCCAGAAGCCACCAGGUUCUCCCACAGCCCUCUGGCGUCGCUCCCCAGCAAGACGGGGGGUGGCAUGGCCCCAGAGACGGGCUGGCGGGGAGCGCUGGGUGCCAGUGGUGGUAGGUUUGUUGAGGCCAACCCCACCCCCGAGGCCAGUCAUCACUCUGCUUUCCUCAUCGAGAGCCCCAAGAGUUCCAUGAAGACCAACAACCCCUUGAAGCUCCGAGCACUUAAAGUCAACUUCCUGGAGGGUGAACCCGGUCCAUUACUCCCCGUUCUGGGGAUGUACCACGACCCUCUCAGGAACCGGGGGGGUGCUGCAGCUGCCGUCGCUGGACUGGAGUGUGCCACACUCUUGGACACAUCUGUGCUGAGUCCAGAGUCCUCCGUCUACACCACAGCGAGUGCUAGGACACCCCCCCGGUCCCCCGAGAAACCCGCAGCAAUAGCAUUCAACUUUGAAGCAGGUGUCCACCAGUACAUUGAUGCAGACACAGAUGACGAGGGACAGGUACUGUACAGUGUGGACUCCAGCCCUCCCAAAAGCCUCCACGGGAGCACCAGUCCCAAGUUCGGUGUCGGGACAAGAUCAGAAAAGAACCACUUUGAAAGCUCCCCCUUAGCCACCUCCCCGAAGUUCUUGAGGCAGAACUGUAUUUACUCUACGGAAACAUUGACUGGAAAAGCCCCCGCUGGUCAGGAGAAGUGCAGGCUUGAGAACCACAUCUCCCCCGAGGUCCGGGUGUUGCCAGGGGGAGGGGCGCAUGGAAGCACGCGGGAUCCGACCAUCUGACCCACCCCACCCGGAGGACAGAUUUGUGGCCGGGUCCAGCGAGGCGCACCGCUCAGCUCACCUGCCACAGAGCCUUUCUGCACGAACUCUGAAACGGAAAGGCUCUGCAAAGCCCCCAGAAAGAAGAAAGACUCUAGAGAAAGCUCCCUAAGACCUUGAGAGCCAUGGUCGGUCCACCGGAACGCCGCUGGCCAAGCCAUAGGACCUGGCGCCUCCUUGGGACACCUCCACUGCCCUCUCUGGGAGGCCACGUGAGCAGAGCUCUCAGCCACCACUACCACAUUGUAGCCGUAACCAAGGCCGCCUGCUCCCCGUCCUUCUCUCACGGCUCUCCAUCACCGCUGCAGAAGGCAAGCUCUCCGAUCCCUCCUGGCCUCGGCUGGAGAAGGGUAUUGGAACGCGUGGCUGGUAUUGAAAAAGUGGGUUGACCCGUUUGCUCUGGGUGUUGCCUGGCCCCCUCUGGGAACUCCUGUCCAUCACCUCCUGGAUGGACCCCACUGUCAGAAGGCUCCGGGGGAAGGCUUGUGUCAUGGAGAAAUCUCUGCACUGUAAGCCAGGAUCCCAGUGCAAAACCCUUACUCAAACGGCUUCAUGGACUUCACUAUUUCGUAGUACCUGAGAUUUUAUUUUGAGAUAUCAUCGGGGUGAGUUGUACCACUUGUACUCAAUUCUAAUUGCCCCCUGGCAAUCUGGGAAGGGUUCAGAAGGCGGGCACUCAGCCAACAGUGUGAAUGCUGAGCAUCGCUUUAGGGUUAUUGAGCGAAUACAUUUUCUGUACAUCACUGGUGUAAACUCAAAAGAUAUGCAAGUGUCAAAUAUGCAAAAGAAAUAGCUUAUUCAAAAAGACUGUAUGUUCCUGAAGAACAGAAUAAGAUCUGACUUUUUUUACCUACCAAAACGAAAGGAGAAAAAAAUCCCCAAUUGAAAUGCCCCGUUCAGACUUUUGAAUACUUCCUGCUGCGGCAGGGAAAGCAUCUACUAUAAUAGAAAUCCUUUUUUUUUGUUUCCUGUGGUAUUCAAGUUUUUAAAAAAAGUUAAAAUAAAAAAGCACUUUAUGUUUUUCAAAAAUAGGUUCUACCAGGGACAGUGUCACCAUCUUGCACUUUAAAAGAAGCACUAUUUCCCGUGGGCUACUUUCGGGGACUGUGUUUGAGUUGUUGCCACAAUCCAUGCCUGGGUCCAGCCACAGUGGGUGAUAUUGUGCUGGUAUUGUCGUCUGCCAGGUCACAGCCUGCGGGCGCCUUCCCUGCCCCUCCGAAGCAUCCCCUAAGUCCCCUUGCAAGGAAGGGUCCGUGGCCUAUGAGGAGGGCCUCUCAUAAGGUCACGUGUACAGGACAGGCACAUCUCAAAAGAAGACGGUAGGCGGUGGGGCACUGGGUGUUGUACUCCGUUCUCUUUCUUGUCAACCAGCCGUCGGUGUGUUUUCAGUGUCACUGUCUGUAUCAAUAAGCUCAGCUCUCCUUUCCGCAGCCAUCAAUGCAGCCAGUACAGACAAAAGCAAUAAGUAUCUGUGCGUUAUCGUGAGCGGUUCUAGUGUACCUCCUGGUGUCGGUGUUCCUGCCCUAGUUUGAUGCACUGGCAUCGGUCUGCUUGCGUUCAGUCUGACCGCAUGGUGUUGCUGGCUGUUCCUCGGUUCAGUGACAUUGGGUUGAGCCACCGGUUAGCAUGAUGCCAGGCCGUUGGCCCGUCUGUCAGUAAGGAUACUAUGUUAUUGAUCUGCCUGUUUUUAGUACCAUGGACUGAUGCUGUUCUCCUAACACAGUUUUAAGAGAUGGCGUCCCAAGGACAGCAGUGUAUAUCUGUCAGUCCUCAACGGUGACAGGUGUAUGUCUUCCUGAUGGAACAAGACAUGGUGUUGUUCCGCUGUCCUUCAUACAAUGUUAUUGGUUCACCCCUUAGUGCAAUGGCGUGACCCACCUGUUCAGUAGACCAGUGUCACAGAGUCAUUCUGCCCGCCCUCCGUACAGCGGCAAGAGGCUGGCCGCCUGUCUCAGGUGUGGUGACGUGGGGUCAUUCCAUCGCCCUUAAAAAUGUGUGUCCUCUGCUUCUCGGCAUCUCCCAGGACGACGGAUCCCUCCGAGAGGGGACAGUCCUGUUCUGUGCUUUGUUAGCAAAGACAAUGCGUGCUGAAGUAUCUUGACACUUCCAAAGUACCUUCGGAGUACUUGAAAGCAAAUGCAAAGGGACUUAAGGGACAGAGAGAGAAUGAGGUCGUGCUGUGCUAGUGACACACCAGAGAGAGGCAGCAGCAGCGCCCCCUGGGGGCUCG